AGUCUCAUUUUGCUGAAUUCAGGAGACGCCUGAAGGUGAAAUCAGAAUAGAUUUUAGUUCAGUGGAUAACCGAUCGUCUCUCUCUCGCUGAGAACCUACUGAACAUCUCUGGAAGUAGUUCUUCCCUUUGUUGUUUUCCCUUUGGUUUGUUGUCAAAGGAUCUCUGGACUGGUCUUCAGCACCAUGGACAGUGCCUUGGACAGCCUAGACGCUGCAGGUUUCUUACAGAUCUGGCAACAUUUCGACGUAGAUGAUAACGGUUACAUCGAAGGAAAGGAGCUGGAUGCCUUCUUUCAACAUAUGCUGGGAAAAUUUGGGAUCAAGAGGGAGGAGAUAACUGAGGACACAAUCAGAAGACUGAAAGAAAGGUUCAUGUCUGCUUAUGACAUCGCAGCUGACGGACGUCUGCAGAUAGAAGAGCUGGCCACCAUGAUGCUGCCAGAGGAGGAGAACUUCCUGCUUCUGUUCCGCAGAGAGACGCCGCUGGACAACAGCGUGGAGUUCAUGAGGAUCUGGAGAAACUAUGACACAGACAGCAGCGGCUACAUCUCAGCGAUUGAGCUCAAGGGCUUCCUUCAGGACCUCUUCCUCCAACACAAGAAGUCCAUCACCCCUGACAAACUGGAGGAGUACACUGACACCAUGAUGAAGAUGUUUGACAAGAAUAGAGAUGGCAGACUGGACUUAAACGACCUGGCCAGAAUCUUGGCCCUGAAGGAGAACUUCUUACUGAAGUUUAAGAUGGAUGCUUGCAGUCAAGAGGACAGGAAGAGAGACUUUGAGAAGAUAUUUGCUCACUAUGAUGUUAGUAAGACAGGUGAGUUGGAGGGCCCUGAAGUGGAUGGAUUUGUCAAGGACAUGAUGGAGCUGGUGAAGCCCAGCAUCAGUGGCACAGACCUGGACAAGUUCAGGAAAGCCCUGAUGGGUCACUGUGACAUCAACGGAGAUGGAAAGAUCCAGAAGAACGAGCUGGCUCUCUGCCUCGGCCUCAAGCUCAGCUAACAGAGCCUCACAACAAUGUUUUUUCCUUCUCUCUUCAUUUGCUGCCACUCCUAAUUUAGACUUUUCAAUUUUUAUGUGCAUCUUUUACUUCCUUUCUUCUCUUUCCUCCGACCUGACUCAUUCCUUCUCCCAUCCUAAUUUCUGGAAGUGUGAGUCCUCCCUUACUGGCUCUCAGUUUGGUCAAUGUAUCUAGAUAUUUUAUGCUCUUUAAUAGAAACACAGUACAUUUCCAUAAUAUUAUAUAUUUUUCUCUAUUAAAACACCUAGCGGAGGUCUAAUUAAUGUGUAUUAAAUCUGGAUUAAUGCAUUCAUGAUUUAAAUAUAGCUUUGAGUUAAAAGAUUAAGAGAAUAUCUAGUUGUUGUUUUCAUGACUGCAUGGCAUGCUGCUUCUUUGUAAUGUGUUAAUAUAUGAAACAGUGUUUGCAUGACAUUAUUGUGAAAUCAGUUACAUGAAUGAUGGUAAAUAAAAAUCUAUUAAAUCUU